GUUGGAGAGGGAGGGGCGAGCGGUUACUCACUCCAUGGCUGCGGGGAGAGGCGGCGGCGGCGGCGGCCUCGGCUGAACGGUCGGUGGGAGCAGAGUGCUGGCGCGGAAGAACAGACAGAUGUCCUGCCUCGCUGGCCGGUCUCAUCAUUAACCACCAUGAAGACCGCGAAGGACCUGGCUUCUCUGGCCUAACAAGGCAGUAGGACAAAGCUAUCACCAUUUGCCCUGAUUCUGCCUGCACCAGAGGAUGACUUCCAUUUCAGGCUGACCAGAAAGGCCAUGGGUGCCAGGAGAGCCCCCCAAAGACCAGCAUGCACCCCGCUGCUUGUCUUUGUGGCCAGCAUCCUUGGCCUGGCUGCCUCUCUGGACUGGAAGGUGGCCUCCAGCCUGAAUCCCUUUGAGAAGUGCAUGGAGGAUCCUGAUUAUGAGCAGCUACUCAAGGUGGUGACCUUGGGCCUCAAUCGGACCUCGCAGCCCCAAAAGGUGAUCAUUGUUGGUGCAGGUGUGGCUGGGCUGACAGCUGCCAAGGUGCUCAGUGACGCAGGACACAAGGUCACCAUCCUGGAGGCAGAUAAUAGAGUUGGGGGCCGCAUCUUCACCUUCCGGGAUGAGAAGACAGGCUGGAUAGGGGAGCUGGGGGCCAUGCGAAUGCCUAGUUCCCACAGGAUCCUGCACAAGCUCUGUAGGAGCCUGGGCCUCAACCUGACUCAGUUCAUCCAGUAUGAUGAGAAUACGUGGACGGAGGUGAAUGAAGUGAAGCUUCGAAACUAUGUGGUGGAGAAGAUGCCAGAAAAGCUGGGCUACGACCUGAGCCACAGGGAGAGAGGCCAUUCCCCAGAGGACAUCUACCAGAUGGCACUCAACAAGGCCGCCAAGGACCUCAAGGCUCUAGGCUGCAAGAAAGCCAUGAAGAAGUUCAACAGGCAUACGCUCCUGGAAUACCUCCUUGGGGAGGGCAACCUGACCCGGCCAGCCGUGCAGCUCCUGGGAGACGUCAUGUCCAAGGAAGGCUUCUUCUACCUCAGCUUCGCUGAGGCAUUACGUGCCCAUAGCUGCCUGAGCGACCGACUUCGGUACAGCCGCAUCGUGGGUGGCUGGGACCUGCUGCCGCGGGCGCUGCUGAGCUCAUUUUCCGGGCGGGUGCUGCUGAAUGCGCAGGUAGUGGCGAUCACUCAGGGGAUUCAUGACGUGCGCGUGCACAUCUCCACUUCGCUACAGUCUCGCAGCCUAAAGGUGCUGACCAGCGACCUGGUACUGGUGACGGCCAGCGGGCCAGCGCUGCAGCGCAUCUCCUUCUCGCCGCCGCUGACACGCAGGAGGCAGGAGGCGCUGCGUGGGCUGCACUACGUGGCAGCUAGCAAGGUUUUCCUCAGUUUUCGUCGGCCCUUCUGGCUCGAGGAGCACAUCGAGGGCGGCCACUCCAACACCGACCGCCCAGCGCGCCUCAUAUUCUAUCCGGCGCCGGACGAGGGCGCACUGCUACUGGCCUCGUACACGUGGUCGGAUGCUGCAGCCCCCUUCGCCGGCCUGAGCACAGACCAGGCCCUGCGUCUGGCACUCAAGGACGUGGCAGCCCUGCAUGGGCCGGUCGUGUUCCGACUGUGGGAUGGCACAGGCAUAGUCAAGCGCUGGGCAGAGGACCCGCACAGCCAGGGCGGCUUUGUGGUACAGCCGCCAUCGCUCGGGCAUGGGGAUGAGGAUUAUGACUGGUCAUUCCCCUAUGGCCGCAUUUACUUCGCGGGCGAGCACACGGCCCAUCCACAUGGCUGGGUAGAGACCGCUGUCAAGUCCGCGUUGCGGGCCGCGGUGAAGAUCAAUAAGCACUGGUCCAGGGUACCCAGCUCCGAGAAGCAGGCCGUUCUCCAGAGGAUGGAGCACAUACACAUCAGCGAGGAUGAGCAGCAACAGGAGGAAAGCCCCGAGGGACAUGUGUUUGUGGAGGCCAUCCCCCAGUUGCAGGAGCACGUAACCGUGGAGACCAUUCCCCAGGGGGAGGGGCAUGUCCAUAUACACCAGAAUAUCCCCUCACACGUGCAUGAGAAAGUCUUCCCUGACGUGCACGUGCAUGUGCACGAGAAAGUCUUCCCUGAAGGGCACGGGCACGUGCACGAGAAAGUCUUCCCUGAAGGGCACGGGCACGGGCAUGUGCACGAGAAAGUCUUCCCCGAAGGGCACGUGCAUGUGCACGAGAAAGUCUUCCCUGAAGGGCACGGGCAUGUGCACGAGAAAGUCUUCCCCGAAGGGCACGGGCAUGUGCACGAGAAAGUCUUCCCUGAAGGGCAUGGGCAUGUGCAUGACAAGGUCAUCCCCGAAGUGCAUGGCCACGUGCACCCCGGGGGACAUGGGCAAGUGGAAUCUGGCUCCCAGCGGUACCGCACAAAGUGGAAUCUGGCUCCCGGCGGCAUGGGCACAUGCACUCUUCGUGCAAAAGGGAAGCACCUAACCCCCAACCCAGUCCUCUCUAGAGCAGGCCACCCACAGUAAUAGACCACAAUAAAUUUUUUU